GUCUGUCCGUGGGUCUGUCCGUGGGUCUGUCCGUGUGUCUGUCCGUGUGUCCGAGCAGCGGCCGGAGGGUUCAGGUGUCCCCGUGUCCGUCCGUCCGUCCGUCCGUGUGUCCAUCCAGGUGUCCCCGUGUGUCCCCGUGUCCGUCCGUCCGUCCGUCCGUGUGUCCAUGGCGCUGGACCCGGAGCGCUCGGUGGCCGCGGGGGCGGUGUCCGCCCGUCCCCUGUUCUGCCGCCGGGGGGCGCUGCGGCACAAGGUGGUUCACGAGGUCAAGAGUCACCGGUUCACGGCCAGGUUCUUCAAACAGCCCACCUUCUGCAGCCACUGCACCGACUUCAUCUGGGGCAUCGGCAAGCAGGGCCUGCAGUGCAUGGUUUGCAGUUUCGUGGUUCACAAACGCUGCCACGAAUUCGUCACCUUCGAAUGUCCCGGAGCUGGGAAGGGACCCCAGACUGAUGACCCACGGAACAAGCACAAGUUCAAGGUUCACAGCUACAGCAGCCCCACGUUCUGCGACCACUGCGGCUCGCUGCUCUACGGCCUCGUGCACCAGGGCAUGAAAUGCUCCUGCUGCGAGAUGAACGUGCACAAACGCUGCGUGCAGAGCGUUCCCAGCCUGUGUGGGGUGGAUCACACCGAGCGCAGGGGGCGCCUCCAGAUUCGAAUCCAGGCCCUGCCGGGGGAGCAGCUCCACGUCACAGGUACCAAAAUUCCCGGGAAAAAUCCCUCCACAAUUCCAAGAAAAAAAAAUUCCUAAACCCCUCCCCACCCCCACCCCAAAAAAAAAAAAAAAAAUUUCCCGCCCGCGGGGUUCGAGGGGGGAAAAGAAAAGAAAAAAAAUCCUGAGAAAAUUCGGGAAAAAUCCCUUUU